AUGCGGCGCACUGGUGGGCGACAUGGCGUCGUAGGGCUUCGUCCCGCGUCGCCGCCGCCGCCGCCGCCGCCUGCCACGACGACGACGACGACGACGAAUGGGGAUGUAUCUAGCUCGGAUACGCCUGCGCCCAGUCUCGGUCUGCAUCGGGCGGCCAGCCUAGGCAAUGCGCCGCAUGUGCUGUAUGCGCUCGAGAAUGGGCAGCCGGCGAACGAUGUGCUCCAUGGCAUCACGCCUCUACAUGUGGCGGCAUGCAUGGGCCAUACGGCAUGCUGUCAUCUCCUCCUACGCUAUGGGGCCGAUGUGAAUGCACCCAAGGGCAAGUCGAAGGCGCCUGGCCCUGGCAUCGAAGGGUCCACGCCCUUGCACUUUGCCGCGGCGAAUGGGCACACGGAUGUGGUGCGUCUCCUACUUGCGUACGGAGCGCAGACACAUGCAUUGGAUCGCGAUCACCAGACACCAGAGAUGCUCUCUGUAGCGAGUCAGCAUCCGGCGUGCGUCUCGCUGCUGCGCUCCGGCGCGUCCACAGAGGCAUGGGACGGCAUUUCGCCGCUUAUUCACUCGCCUUCGUCCUGGAGCGACGGUCCUUCUCGACCGCCUUCACGCGAGCCGACGCCAAGCUGGCAGCACAAAUCGCCCGCGACACUGCCGCACGAUGUGCUUCCGAAAAAAGACUCGCCUGCGUUGGCCUCGACCAUGGCGCCGUCGCCCGGCCCUGACACACGACGGCGAACGAGCAUUCCGACGUUCUUGGAAAAGGCCUCGCAUCCUGCUGCGUCCAUCCGCGCUGCGCUUUUCUCCUCGUCGACGCCGCCUGCGCCCUCCAUGUCCCCGGCGCCUGGGCGCUCCGAGGACGCGCCAAGCACAUCUUGGACCUCGCGCAUGUCGAAUCGGGCUAGUCUGACGCACCUCUUUCGUCGGAGCGUGCAGAGUCCCGACGACGUAGGCACCGAUGCCGAGGCGCCACGCGCCGUGCGUAUGAGCAAGACAGAGUCUGGUGGGUUUGUGCGAAAUCGCGCUCGUUCGAAAAGCUCCGCAUCGGUCUCGACCUCGACGCCGCCGCCUGCUACGCCGCUCUGGCCCGCGCUCGGCUCGCCCAUCCCGAAAUGGUGGCUUCACAACUCGCCUGACGUGCAUCGAUGGCCGGCUAGCACGGCUCCGGAAGCUGCCCAUCGCCUACGCAGCAACAGUGUCUCUGUCUCGCAGCCGUCUUCGUCCGAUGAAGCCACACGACGCACCCGCGCCAGCUCGGACGCCGCGUCCAAGCCGCCAGUGUUGCCGAUGGGACCGCCGUCGCUGGCGCCCGCCGCGGUGCCUCGCGACAUCGCCAGAGCCCCGUCGACCUCUCCACUCCCCCCGCCCAUCUUGCCCUCGGACCUAGCGGGGUUGCCGGACCUGAAGGAGGCGUCCACUGCGUCUGCGUCUGCGUCUGCGUCUGCGCCUGCACCUGCGCGCUCCGCCCUAGCCAUGUACCUGGCGCAGGUAGGCUCGACCUUACCGCCCACGUCGGCCCCCGCCUCGCGCUUCGCGGAGAAGGCUCCCCCGACCUCGCUGUAA